AAACUAUCUCACAAUAACCAAUGACGCCAACAGUAGAUACAAAAUAUAACCAAAAAAGGAACCAAACAAGAGUUCAAAGUUCUGUGAUUCCUGAUCUAACCUCCUAACUUUUUUGUCAAAUAGGUUAUGUAAUUUGAUAAGAACAGAAAUAAAACAUCGUCUCCAAACACCAAACCAGGAGAUUUAUCAUAAUUUAUCAAUAGCCAUCUAUAAUAAUGGCGAGUCUAGGAAACUGUGAAUCUCCAGGUUGCACCAGUCCUGCUAAACUGCAGUGCCCCACGUGUAUCAAACUAGGAGUACAGGGUAGCUUUUUUUGCACACAAGAAUGUUUCAAGAACAACUGGAAAACACACAAGAUCAUCCACUCAUUAGCCAAAGGGGAAAAUGCCAGUGGAGACAAACAAAUGGAAUACAAUCCAUGGCCCCAUUACAAUUUUACUGGUAAGCUGAGACCAUUUCAACAGUCACCAAAAAGAACCGUGCCUGAGAGUAUACAAAGACCUGAUUAUGCAGACCACCCCCAGGGGUUUCCCAUCAGUGAACAGGCUGUAAAAGGAUCAGGGCUGAUAAAGGUGCUAGACGAUGAAGAGAUUGAGGCGAUGCGGGUUUCUUGCAAAUUAGGCCGAGAGGUUUUAGAUGAAGCAGCCAGAGUAUGCGAUGUGGGAGUAACCACAGAUGAAAUUGAUAGAGUAGUUCAUGAGGCAUGUAUUGACAGGGAAUGCUACCCUUCACCACUAAACUACUAUUGUUUCCCAGCAUCAUGUUGCACUUCUGUCAAUGAAGUUAUAUGCCAUGGUAUUCCUGAUACUAGGCCUCUAGAAGAUGGUGACCUGUGCAAUGUGGACAUCACAGUGUACCACAGAGGGUUUCAUGGUGAUCUGAACGAAACGUUUUUAGUGGGAAAUGUGAGUGAGAAACACAAAAAACUUGUGAAAGUGACUCAUGAAUGCCUGAUGAAAGCUAUAGAACUUGUAAAGCCUGGUGAAAAAUAUAGGGAAAUAGGAAAUGUAAUCCAGAAACAUGCACAAGCUCAUGGAUACUCAGUGGUUCGCAGCUACUGUGGACAUGGUAUUCAUCGUCUAUUCCAUACAGCUCCGAAUGUACCUCAUUACGCUAAGAACAGAGCUAUAGGAGUAAUGAAGCCUGGACAUUGUUUUACCAUUGAACCAAUGAUAUCAGAAGGUACUUGGAGGGACGAAAUUUGGCCUGACAAAUGGACGGCAGUGACAGCAGACGGCCUUUGGUCAGCACAGUUUGAACAGACUCUGCUUGUCAACGAGACGGGUUGUGAAAUACUGACCAGAAGAAGAGAAAAGAACGGGCAACCGCACUUCAUGGACAAAUUGUAGUGUUUGAAAAACUGAAUGGGGAUUAUUUAAUUGUUUGUAAAGUGGAAAAGUGGAUUGUUGGAAUUGCAUUUUUAUUGAUAAUUUUAAGACACAACUGUGGAUCCUAAAUUCUAAUUUUACAGGAUUCUAAAUAAUACUUCUUUCAAAAUCAACUGAAUGAGUAGGCAGUUUUUGAUGAUUAUAUCUUGAGUCUCCAUAGUUCCUCUGCUGGGUGAAUCGAAAUAAAAUGCCAAUAUUUCUGGGAUAGAAAAAUGAUACAAAAAGUUCGUAGGAUGUGUAGUUUUCGAAAUAUUUAGGUGGGAACACAUAGGUCCCAAAACAUCCCCAUACCGUGUUGCAGGGUGUUAAAAUUAUAAUUAAAAAUUAUAAUAUAAUAGCAAUACAGACAAAAAAGGUUUCUUUAACUUCGCUAGAGAGGUAGAAACAUUGAUGUUUUGACCCCUAUAGAAAUGAUAUUUUCUACACCAUUGAUUUUUCUGAAACAUCCAUUACAUUUUUCGGCAAAUAUAAUCCGUACAAAAAACUUAAAUUCGUCAUAAUUGACAUUAAAAAUUGUAUGGACUUUCUAAGUGGGGUAAUUCUCACCACAGCAUUGUUUGAAGAUUAUUCAUUUUUGCCCUCAAGGUUUUUUGUUUUUUAAAUUAACCUGUCCUGAGCUCUCUUCUUCAAGUUUUUGCUUCUCUUUUAUAUUCAAGAGAAAAUUCUACCUGGAUCUUCGGUGUUUCACCUGCAAUGCUAAUUUUUUCAAAGAAUUAAUUUGUUAUAAGUGAUCGAGAAAGACUGGUGGUAGGGUUUGUGGGGACUCAGGAUCUGCUUCACUUUCCCGUCUAUGAUAUUCUCUACAAAUCUGUUUUAUUUCUGAUACUGAGUAUACUGUUUAUCCAUGUACAGCCCAAACGUCGCUAUUUUUUUACCAAUAGCACACUCUAUGCUAGCUCUAUCAAAUAGAGUCUAAAUCAGAAUUGUUACCUUCUGAAAUCAAGGUAUCGCCACCAUUUUUUUAUUUGAAAAGAUUUAGAUAGAAGCUUAUCGAAUAAAUUAUCUCGAAAUAUGAA